CUCCUCCUCCACCUGGAGGCCGCCGCGUCUAUAUAUCCAUCCAUCCCCAUAAACCCAACAAACAAAACAAGAAAGAAAGAAAGAAAGAAUGAGCAGAGAUGAGGAUAAGAGCGGCGAGGCGGCAGGAGGAGGAGGAAGCAACAACAGCAGCAGCAGUACUGGCGGUGGAAGCAAGGAACUGGCAGUUGUUGCUGUUGUUGAUGACGAUGAUCACGAGCAUGACAUGGUGAUGCCGGGGUUUCGAUUCCACCCGACGGAGGAAGAGCUUGUGGAGUUCUACCUUCGCCGUAAGGUGGAGGGCAAGCGCUUCAACGUCGACCUCAUUACUUCCCUCGACCUUUACCGCUACGACCCUUGGCAGCUCCCAGUAGCGAUGGCGGCGAUAGGGGAGAAGGAGUGGUUCUUCUACGUGCCGAGGGACAGGAAGUACCGGAACGGGGACCGGCCGAACCGGGUGACGGCGUCCGGUUACUGGAAGGCGACGGGGGCGGACCGGAUGAUCCGGACCGAGGGAUUAGGCCGGUCCAUCGGGCUGAAGAAGACGCUGGUGUUCUACUCAGGAAAGGCGCCUAAAGGAGUGAGGUCCAGCUGGAUCAUGAACGAGUACCGCCUCCCGCACCACGACACCCAGCGCUACCACAAGACGACGGAGAUAUCGCUUUGCCGAGUAUACAAGCGACCAGGAGUCGAAGAUCACCACGCCGGCGGCCCUUCUCUCCCGCGCUCACUUCCUUCCACCAUGACGCCUCGCCAACACCACCACCACCACCAUCAAAACCACCGCCAACAACAUCCACAACUACAACAACCUUCAUCACAAGUCUUGAUGGAAGUAGACAAGCUCACCUCCUCCUCCUCCUCCGCCGCCGCAGCAUCCCUUCACCACCACCACCACCACGAACCACCGCCGCCAAAUGAAGUAGUGGACGAGCAGUUCUUGAUCCUCAGCGGCGGCGGGGGAAGUGACAGUAACAACAACAACAACAACAACAUUAAUAAUAAUAGUAACGCCGGUGUAAUUAGUUCCCUAGAUGAUCUGCACCGGCUGGUGAACUUCCAGCAGCACCAUCAGCAGCAAUACUACACUUCACUACUUCAGCAACAGCAACAGCAAAUGAUGUUCCUCCCUCCACAUCAGCAGCAGCAGCAGAUGGGGGUGAACCAAAUCCUGCUCCCGACGCCGAGCUUCAGCAACGGCAGGUCGCCGUUGCAGAUAUGGGAGUGGAAUGAUAACGUCGUCUCCGUACCUCAGCGGGCUGGUGAUCAGGAUGAUCAUCAGGCUAAUGAUAAUGAUAAUAUUAAGUGGGAUUAAACUUAAGCUAUAUGUAGAUUCUCAUGAGUGCAUGAUGAUGAUGAUGAUGAUAAACCCUAAUGUUGUAUGAUUAUGUACCAGUAAUUAAUUAAUCAGUCGAUUCUUGAUUAUGGUCAAUAAUUUGUAGCUUUAUGGG